GAGUGAAGCUGCCAUGACGGUUUUAAGUGGGCAUGUGGUCGUGUGUAUAUUUGGGGAUAUGAACUCUGCUUUGGUUGGUUUGCGCAACUUAGUGAUGCCUUUACGAGCCAGCAAUUUCCAUUAUCACGAACUGAAGCACAUUGUUUUUGUUGGGACGCUGGAGUACCUAACCAGAGAAUGGGAGACGCUUCACAACUUCCCCAAAGUAUCAAUAUUGCCGGGUACGCCGUUAUGUCGAGCUGAUUUAAGGGCUGUCAACAUCAACCUCUGCGACAUGUGUGUUAUUCUAUCAGCCAAUCAGAACAAUAUCGACGAUUGUUCGCUGCAGGACAAAGAAUGCAUCUUGGCGUCACUCAACAUCAAAUCUAUGCAGUUUGAUGACAGCAUAGGGGUCUUGCAGGCUAAUUCCCAAGGAUUCACACCUCCAGGAAUGGACAGACCUUCUCCUGACAAUAGUCCAGUCCAUGGCCUAGUCCGACAAACGUCUGUCACCACCGGGGCCAACAUCCCAAUGAUGACUGAAUUAGUUAAACCUGGCAAAUUGCUCCCUUUGGUUUCAUUCAGUCAGGAAAAAAACAUUGGAGCCAACAUACCAAUGAUAACUGAGUUGGUGAAUGACUCGAAUGUUCAAUUCUUGGACCAAGAUGAUGAUGAUGACCCAGAUACUGAGCUGUAUUUGACACAGCCAUUCGCAUGCGGGACAGCAUUCGCUGUCAGUGUGUUAGACUCCCUAAUGAGUGCUACAUACUUCAAUGACAAUAUCCUGACUCUGAUACGGACAUUAGUAACAGGGGGAGCCACGCCAGAGCUGGAAUCAAUGCUGGCUGAAGAAAAUGCCUUGAGAGGUGGCUACAGCACACCACAAACACUAUCAAACAGAGACAGGUGUCGCGUCGCACAGUUGGCUUUGUAUGAUGGGCCCUUUGCAGACCUUGGGGAUGGUGGCUGUUAUGGAGACCUGUUCUGCAAGGCCUUAAAAACAUACAACAUGCUUUGCUUUGGAAUUUACCGAUUGAGAGAUGCACAUCUACGCACGCAUAGUCAGUGUACUAAGCGAUACGUGAUUGCUAAUCCACAUUAUGAAUUCGAACUAGUCUCAACGGAUGUGAUCUUCUGUUUGAUGCAAUUUGACCAUAAUGCUGGCCAAUCUCGUGGCAGCUUGUCGCACUCGUCUCAUUCCUCACACACUUCCAGUAAGAAAAGCUCGUCUGUGCACUCCAUCCCAACCACCACCAACCGUCCAAACCGCAACAAGACUCGGGAUCCCCGGGAAAAGCAGAAAAAAGAAAUGGUUUACAGAUGAAACUGAUAACACCUUCCCUAGGAACAUUCAGAUCAAACCAAUGAGCACUCACAUGGCUAAUCAAAUCAAUCAGUACAAAUCUACCAGCAGUUUGAUCCCACCCAUCAGAGAGGUAGAAGAUGAAUGUUGAUGCCUGUAUGAACUUCGGUCUGAAGGAGAGACUUUGUAAAGCUCCUUUGGCAGGAUGCUGGCUUUGACGCUCCAUUGAUCUUUGUGUUCUAUCACAGACAGGUGAAGGAUCAUGGACUCUACACCACCAAGAAGAAGUAAUAGUCUGCCCUUGACAGUUUUCUGCUUGUCCAGCAUGGAAUCACAGGUUUUAUUGGAUUAUUUUGCUGAUGACUUGAAGACAAUCGACACAGACUGAAUAUUAUGGCCAUUUAUGUUUAAAAAUGUAUUAUUUUAUAAAUGCAAUAUCUACCAUCUUCAAUUUUGUAGCUUCGCUUACCUUCUGUUUGUGACCAGACUCUUAUUUUGUUCCUCUUUUGUUUCCCCUGUGGAGGAUGAAGGUCACAAAAUAUCAGUUCAAUGCACCCAAUCCCUCAACAAAAACAGUUUUUAAAAAAACCGUACACUUCUAGCAGCAGCAGAUGAGGCUUCCAAUGUUGCCUGAUAACUAGCAUGUUAGCGCUAUCAGAAUAUAUGCUGUUAUCUAUCCUUGUGUUGAGAUAGGGCGUAGACCAAGUCCUGUAUUAAAGAUUGUUCCACAUUACAACGUUGCCAUCUUUUCAUGAUCCUGUUCUGAUUUAUUUUUUCUGCUAAGAUGAAAGUAAACCUUACAAGGUCUUCUAGGACAGAGAACACUGCAAGCCAAGGGCUCUUUUUUUUUCUCCUGAACACUGUUCAUUCUCUCCAUCCUUAAGCUUGUUUUAAAAGAAAAAAAAUUGAUGUACUUCAAAGUAGUUAACACAUGCCAGAGAGAUAGAAGAUCAUUCUUUGCAGUCGAUCCUGGGAGGAUAAAGAGACGAUGUUAACUCAGCAAGGUAGGAAAUAUUAAUGCAGAGUUGUCUGAAGCAAGCCUACACACAUUGUUUCAAGCAGCUCUUAUUGAUUCCAGAAGUUCAGUUUUGGUUCCUGGUGUGACC